GAUUGACCCAACCACGAGAAAUCGUAACGACGUCGUCUUUGUUGACUCCUCUGUUCUGCGCAUCUGUCCACUGACGUGUUCGCCUAUCCAUUUGCAGCCGUAUUGAAAGCUCGAUCUCAUGGAUGUUUUCCAGGCGUCUUGGGUAUACUUGUGCCAGGCUUCCGCCGGGAUCUUUUCUCUCUCGUUGCUGCUUAGAUUUGGGAAGGUCACGCACAAACUUGGAGGAGGGAAGAGUUGGAAGAACCGAACCAUCCGUGUUCAAAGAGCAAGAACAGAGACUGCCUUCCUGGGAUUUGUUCCGUGCCCAUCAGCUGCCUCUUCCUACGAUCGACACGCAUGCUCCGAAAGUUUCCAGCUUUUUGGACUUUCCUUCUUCUUUGAGGCUUGACGACCCGCAUCUCUCUCUCUCGCGCGCGCGCGCGCUCGCGUGCGCGGAUACUUCGAUUCUUGACCUCCAACGCACGCUGAAGACUCGGAGGGGCGGCCCAAGGUGCGUCUUUUAUCCCGAAAGGUGACGACUUGGUGGGAUUCGAGGACGGAUUCCGGGGGGUGGGGAGGUGCAGCGAUUGGGGGGCGUGAAAAAUGGACGGUCUGAUGUUGAUGAAGGGGGUUCCGUCGACGGGCCUCGCCGUCGGUCGUGACGUCGCGUCACGGCACCACCUUCCGGCGGCGAAAGUUUACGCCUUGGGUCCUCGGGCAGCCGCGGGGAGCGGUGGGAACGUGGUGGAGGCGUCAGCGGCCGGUGUGGCGGCGAAGCGGUCGUAUAUGUUCCCGCUGCCGCUGAGGCGACUUUGGCCCGAUGGGGGUGGGGCCGUCGCGGACAAGGGGAGCGACGACGUUGCCGCGGCAGAAAAGGUGGAGAAAUCGGUGGCGCUGGAGGAGGAGGAGCAGGAGGCUGUGGCGGAAGUGGCGGAGCACCGGAGGGACAACUGGGUGUUGAAGAUACUGAGAGUGACGUCGAUGUGGGCGGAGAGGGAGGAGCCGGAAGCGGGCGGCGACCGGGAGGUGGCGGCUGUGGAAGACGGCGACCGGUGCGUCGGUUGCGAAAGCUCCCCCGAAGAUGGCUCGGAAGGGUGCGUCGUCGAAGACGAAGAAGAGGAGAAGAUGGUGUUCGACCGGGAGUCCUUCUCCCGGUUGCUCCGAAGGGUGUCUUUGGUGGAGGCGGAGCUCUACUCCAAGAUGGCCUACCUUGGUAGCCUGGCAUACAUCGUUUCCAAGAUCAAGCCGAAGAACCUCCUGAAAUGCUAUGGACUGCGAUUUGUAACUUCAUCACUGGAGAAGAAAAGCACAUCUUUAAAUUCGGAUGAGCAGCUGGAACCAUCUCAAGAUCAAGAACUGAAAGAGGAGGUCCAUGAGGUGGAAGAUAAUGACAAAAGGAAGGGAAAUAGUACUGGCAUAAGUGCAUCUGCUGCUUAUCAAAUUGCAGCUUCGGCUGCUUCAUAUCUGCAAUCUCAGACGACGGGAAUUCUUCCUGGUAAGACAGAGACAGGCAAGGAUUCAAUAGAAGGAAGCAGCAAAAAUAAAGAAGGUGGGACUCUGAGUCCAGAAGAGGCAUCAUUUAUGGCCACUACAAAUUCUGUCACUGCUGUAGUAGCUGGGAAGGAGGAGAUGAGACAAGCCAUUGCCAAGGACUUGAACACAGCCAAGUCUUUACCUUGUGAAUGGUACAUAUGUGAUGAUGAUAAAAGUGCAACAAGAUAUUUUGUCAUUCAGGGUUCUGAGACACUGGCUUCUUGGCAAACAAAUCUUCUUUUUGAACCCAUUCAAUUCGAGGGGCUAGAUGUACCCGUACACAGGGGUAUCUAUGAGGCUGCCAAGGGAAUGUAUCAUCAGAUGUUACCGGAAAUCAGAUCUCACAUGAAAUCUCAUGGUCAAUCUGCAACUUUGCGCUUCACUGGUCAUUCGCUUGGUGGAAGCCUUGCGCUGCUUGUGAAUCUUAUGUUACUAAUACGAGGAGAAGCACCUCCUUCAUCCUUGCUCCCUGUUAUAACAUUUGGUGCACCAUCGAUAAUGUGUGGAGGUGAUAACUUGCUUCGGAAAUUGGGAUUGCCUAAAUAUCAUGUCCAAGCCAUUACUAUGCAUAGAGAUAUUGUUCCUCGAGCCUUCUCCUGCAACUAUCCAGAUCAUGUAGCUAAGAUUCUCAAGGCUGUUAACGGCAACUUCCGAGAUCAUCCAUGUCUCAAGAACCAGAAACUGUUAUAUGGUCCCAUGGGGCAGCUUCUGAUACUACAACCUGAAGAGAAGUUCUCUCCAUGCCACCACCUUCUUCCCCCAGGCAAUGGCCUCUACAUCUUGGGCAAUUCAUUAGCAGACUCAAAUGAUACAGAAAGGCUACUGCAUGCUGCAACUUUAGCUUUCCUAAACUCUCCCCACCCUCUUGAGAUUCUUAGUGACCGCUCUGCAUAUGGUUCUGAAGGAACAGUGUAUAGAGACCAUGAUACAAAUUCCUACUUGAGGUCAGUCCGUGGUGUGAUCCGCCAGGAGCUUAAACUCAUUAGAAAGGUCAAGAGGGAGCAACGCCGUAAAAUUUGGUGGCCUCUUGUGGCCACACAGGACAUGCACCCCAGGGUUGUCACCUCCAGAUCUGCUGGAUCAACUAUCUCCACUCAACGCAACUUCAGCUUUGCCGGUGUUAUUCACGGAGGAAGGCAAACACUGAAACGGUUUGGAAGACUGGUUGCAUCGCAGCAUGUUCAUAUAUUUGUCGUGCUCUUUUUUCCAGCACGGUUAUUGCUCUUGGGAGCAUUAUCUGUGAUUAAUUGCAGCUGACUGAAGUCAGUUGCUGUAAUCUGCUGCAGUGGUUACAUUCUUUAUUCAUCAUACAAUUCUUUCAUAGAAUUCUGGAAUAGAUGGAAAAAUUGUCAUUAUUCACGAUAAAUAGAAAUGAAUAUAUAUGUCUCAGCAAAA